CGCGGUCUGAUUCGCUUGUGUUUUCAGAAUAAUCUUCAAGCAAUGGGCAAAGGAGUUCUGACGGAACGUCAACUUAUUGUUGAAUUAUUAGACCUUUACAAAAGUCUUCCCUGCCUUUGGGAUCCAAUUCAUAGCCAGUACAAUAAUAAAGAAUCGCGUGAGGCAGCUUAUGAAUUAUUACGGGAGAAAUACAGAGAGUUAUAUGAAGAUGCAUCUAUAGAUGUUGUAAAAAAGAAAAUAGAACACAUGCGUGCAACUUAUAGACGUGAAUACAGAAAGGUUGUCGCUUCGCUUGUUUCCGGUGGCAAAAAGCACGUACCCUCAUUAUGGUACUACGAUCAUUUAACAUUCUUGAAUAAUGUUAACAAAUUCCCUUUGCGACCAUUGGUAACAAGCACGUUGCAAUCCGAUGCCAUGGACGAUGAAGAUCGCACUAGUUCAGAAGAUGAGGAGCCGUCCAAAAAGAAAACGAAAUUAACUAGCAUUUAUUUAGAAGAUUUUACGGACGACGUACAAACGGAUACGGCUAGUAUACAUUCCGACCAGAGGGCUCGAAGAGAAUCAGAAGCGUUCGGCAGAACAGUCGGCUUACAGCUCGGUGAACUAAGACAAGUUCAAAGAUUUCUAGCUGAGAAACUAAUUUCAGAUGUCAUAUACCUCGCCAGAAUGGAACAUUUGACCGGAGAAACAACUGUUGGCACCGAAAAUUAAUUAAUGACGCUUUUUAAUAUUCUAAAUACUAUAUUUCUUCUUCAAUAUUUACCUACAGUUUGUUUAUAAAACAUAAAUAAGAAGAGAGCUGUUUGGUAGCUUAACCAAAUAAAAAAACAGAAAAACACAGUCGCCAAAAACAUUUUAGCUUCUGCAUCCAGACAGCGGUGUACAUAUACGUAGUUAGAUAUAUUAUUUAUUAGCUUAUGGACGAGAGCUCAGUUAGUCACAAGAAACCCUCCCACGAAUAAUGUAGACGACCUCGACGCCAACCGCCGCACCAGUAAUCACAACAAAACAUAAGAGCAGUUAGAGAGAGUGGUCGCAACCUGCGGCAUUGUACGCAAGAUACUAGGAACACAUAAGUCGUAAGGAGGUUGAAAUAAAGCGAUCGAGAGCCAGCACUGUUGACCUCCCUCGCUCCGUAAUUUGUUCGUUUUCUGUACGGCAUUGAAGACGCCAGCGAAUCAAAACAGGGGUCUUUGAUACUGGAAAUAUUUACAUUGACGCGAUAGAAGAGUAGAUAAGAAAAAUCUCAAUAGCUGUGUAUUUUGUCUACACAGUUUUCAUAAAACUAUUUAAUAAAUACGAGUUUAAGUUUUUUUUUCUUGUUAAUUAAAAAAAAGAUAAACUUAAAAUAUUCAAAUUAUUCAGUUACGUGCGUGCAUUGUAUCAUGCCUAAUUAAUGUAAAGACAAAAUUUUGUUUAAUAAAC